UACUCAGACCGAAAUUUGUGAGACAAGGGUAUGUAAAUGGAAUAUACAUAUUUUAUUUUAGGGAACCACUUAACAACCGAAGAACGUUCUUAUUUUCCAUUUAGGAGUCCUGCUCCUAUUGGGCCCGAGUCACCCAGAGCAGGCACAUGGACAACUUUAACUGGCCUCAAUUGGGAUACAACUUCCUAGUGGGCGGGGAUGGACGUAUUUACGAGGGGCGUGGCUGGAACUACGAGGGCGCCCAUACGCGGGACAACAACAACAACAGCAUCGGUAUUAGCUUUAUGGGAAAAUUUCAACGCAACGAACCAUCGCAGAAAUCAUUGGACGCCUGUCAGUUGCUCAUUGAUCAAGGUGUCCGCCUUAAAAAACUAAGUCUCGACUACCAACUUUUGGGACAUCGGCAGAUAACAGGCACCUUAAUGCCUGGCGAGGCGCUCUACAGGAUCAUCCAGACUUGGCCGCACUGGCUCAACUUGACAAAGACGGGACCCGACCUACAUAUGACCCAGUAGAUUAGAUAUUUAGAUUUAAUCAAAUUAAGAUUGAAUAAAGGUGCCAAAAAUUACA